AUGCUUCACCGUGCCAUGAGUGCACGAUGCCAUCCGGCUCAGGAGACCAUCCCAGCUUUAAUGGCGAGGAGCGAAGGCAAGUCGAAAUUCACGUGCUCUUGGUUUCUGAGACCGACCCAUACUGACCCCGCCGCAGCCUCGCCGGUUUGCCCUCUGCGGCAUCGUGGCUUGUCAGGGAAAGCGUGGCCUGGAUCUGAGCUCUUAAAGUCAAAAAGGCCGCAAGCCACCGCAGAGGUCUGCAGUCUCGUUGAGGCGUCCCUUUACGCCACCGUCCUGCAAGAUGCUGGCCUAGACACAAGCAUCGAAGAGGCCCUCCCUCCCAGACUUGACGCGUCCUUGGUCUUCUCGGCCGGAAUCGGUCGUAUUCAUGCACCAUGUUGCCAGAUAUGCCAGCUGUCGCUUCCAUCUCGCAAGAGUUACAUCCCAUCGAAGUUCUGCAGCAAAUGCACCCGCCACUCACUGCCAUGA